CCCGCCCCUCUGUGCCAUCUUGUGUUUAGAACAAAAACGGCGGCGGAGCCAGGCCGAACCGGGACGGGACAUAGUCUUCUCCGACUCAAUGCAGAUAUCUUGGAGGGUUCCUACGUCAGUGUUCGGCGGCGAAGCCCACUGUAGACCCGUCGGCCACACCCCGAGGAACCGUUAGCCUCCAGGCUAACAGAGCUAAGCCGAAGGGAUAGCCGAUGCUAGUGGCCGUGUAUCGGAACCAGCCGGCGGGUCUCAAGGAUCCCGUCCUGUGCAACGCAACCGCCUAAACUCUGGUGUCUACUCAAACAAUCGUUCGACAAAAUGGAGCGGGCGUCGUAUUGAGUAUCCGCUGCGAAAUGUGGAGUGAAGCCCGCUAGGUCGCCAGUUAACCCUCCUGUUCUGUUCCAUAGCGGAACCACAACCAGCCGCGGCCCUGGCCAUGCCGGCGAGUGCUCGUGCGGGCAAUCUCAAGGACCCGGAUCUGGCAGAUCUCUUCUGCAAGGAUGAUCCAGAGAAGCUGUUCGCUGACCUCCGGGAAAUUGGACAUGGCAGCUUUGGCGCCGUGUACUUUGCCCGGGACGUCCGCAACAACGAGGUGGUGGCCAUUAAGAAGAUGUCGUACAGCGGCAAACAGACCAAUGAGAAAUGGCAGGACAUUAUCAAGGAGGUGAAGUUCCUGCAGAAGCUGCGUCACCCAAACACCAUCGAGUACCGUGGCUGCUACCUGAGGGAGCACACAGCAUGGCUGGUGAUGGAGUACUGCCUGGGCUCAGCCUCUGACCUGCUGGAGGUUCACAAGAAGCCACUACAGGAAGUGGAGAUUGCUGCUAUAACCCAUGGAGCGCUGCAGGGGCUGGCCUACCUGCACUCCCACAACAUGAUCCACAGGGACGUGAAGGCUGGGAACAUCCUGCUGACAGAACCAGGUCAGGUCAAACUGGGCGACUUUGGUUCCGCCUCCAUUGUGGCCCCAGCCAACUCGUUUGUCGGGACGCCGUACUGGAUGGCACCGGAGGUGAUUCUGGCCAUGGACGAGGGUCAGUACGAUGGGAAAGUGGACGUCUGGUCACUGGGGAUCACCACAAUAGAACUUGCUGAGAGGAAACCCCCGCUCUUCAACAUGAACGCGAUGAGUGCCUUAUAUCACAUCGCACAGAACGAGAGUCCGGUUUUGCAGUCCAACCACUGGUCCGAUUCUUUCCGUAACUUCGUGGACUCGUGUCUCCAGAAGAUCCCUCAGGACCGGCCCACCUCAGACGUGCUGCUCAAUCAUCGCUUCCUGUGCCGAGAGCGUCCCCUGACCGCCGUCAUGGACCUGAUCGCCAGAACUAAAGAUGCUGUCCGUGAACUGGACAACCUGCAGUAUCGCAAGAUGAAGAAGAUUCUGUUCCAGGAGACACAGCAGAACGGCCCUGUGUCUGAGGGGGGGGAGGAGGAAGAGGAGGUGGAGGCUUACCUGCUGCGCAGCGGCACGGUCAACAGUCUGGAGUCGUCCCAGUCCGUCCCCUCCAUGUCCAUAUCCGCCAGCUCCCAGAGCAGCUCAGUCAACAGUCUGGCUGACGCCUCAGAUGACAGCAGCGAGAUGAUGAUGCUGCAGGAGGGAGAGACCACGGUCACCUCCAACAGCUCCAUCAUACACAGACCCUCGGGUCCAGACAACAUCUACGAUGACCCCUACCAGCCGGAGAUGGAACCACCUCAGGCGCCAUCGGCCGGGCGCCGUCGAGCGUACUACCGCAACAGAGACCACUUUGCAACCAUUCGGACAGCCUCACUGGUGACCCGGCAGAUCCAGGAGCACGAGCAGGGCUCUGCCCUGCGGGAGCAGAUGUCGGGCUACAAGCGGAUGCGACGGCAGCACCAGAAGCAGCUUAUGGGUUUGGAGAACAAGCUGAAGGCCGAGAUGGACGAGCACCAGCUGAAACUGGACAAGGAGCUGGAGAACCAGAGGACCAGCUUCUCCACUGAGUCUGACAAGCUGGUGAAGAAGCACCAAGCCAUACUGGACAAGGAGACGAAAGCUGCUCUGGCUGAGGAGAAGAAGUUCCAGCAGCACAUCCUCGGUCAGCAGAAGAAGGAGCUCACCAGCUUGCUGGACUCCCAAAAGAGACAGUACCGGCAGCGCAAGGAGCAGCUGAAAGAGGAGCUGAAUGAGAACCAGUCCACCCCGAAGAGGGAGAAGCAGGAGUGGCUGGUGCGGCAGAAGGAGUGCCUGCAGCAGAUGCAGGCGGAGGAGGAGGCGGGGCUGCUGCGGCGCCAGAGGCAGUAUUACGAGCUGCAGUGUCGCCAGUACAAGAGGAAGAUGCUGCUGGCGCGACAUAACCUGGAGCAGGACCUGCUGCGAGAGGACCUGAACAAGAAGCAGACUCAGAAGGACCUGGAGUGUGCCAUGCUGCUGCGACACCACGAGUCCACCCAGGAGCUGGAGUUCCGUCAGCUGGGCUCGGUGCAGAGGACCCGGGCUGAGCUGAUACGGACCCAGCACCAGACCGAGCUCACUAACCAGAUGGAGUAUAACAAGCGGCGCGAGCAGGAGCUGCGGCAGAAGCACACCGUGGAGGUCCGGCAGCAGCCCAAGAGCCUGAAGACCAAAGAGCUGCAGAUCAAGCGUCAGUUCCAGGAGACCUGCAAGAUCCAGACCCGGCAGUACAAGGCCCUGAGGAACCAUCUCCUGGAGAACACGCCCAAGUGUGACCACAAGGUGGUGCUGAAGCGGCUGAAGGAAGAGCAGACGCGUAAGCUGGCCAUCCUGGCCGAGCAGUAUGACCACUCUGUCAACGACAUGCUGUCCACGCAGGCUGUGAGUAAGCUGCGUCUGGAUGAGACCCAGGAGGCAGAGUACCAGGUGCUGCACAUGCAGCUGCAGCAGGAGCUGGAGCUGCUCAACGCCUACCAGAGCAAGAUCAAGAUCCACACGGAUGGUCAGCACGAGCGCGAGGUCAAGGAGCUGGAGCAGCGCGUGUCCAUCCGCCGAGCCCUGCUGGAGCAACGGAUCGAGGAGGAGAUGCUGUCCCUGCAGAACGAGCGGUCGGAUCGGAUCCGGACUCUGCUGGAGCGCCAGGCGCACGAGAUCGAGGCCUUUGACUCGGAAAGCAUGCGCCUAGGUUUCAGUAACAUGGCGCUGAGCGGGAUCCCCGCCGAGGCCUACAACCAAGGCUACCCCACGCCCAGCCCCUCCUCCGGCUCCAGCGGCUGGCCAUCACGACCCGUCCCGCGCUCAGGGGGCCACUGGAGCCACAGCGUCCAGAACUCUGUGGCCACGCCGUCCUGGCGCAGUCAGAACCACGGAGGGAGCUUCAGCCGAGCCGAGUCCGUCACCUCAUCGCACGGCUUCGGACGAGAUGGAGAUUCUGGUAAAAGUGGCCGAAGUCACCUGCCCCCCUCCCACCAGCAGCACUACCUCCCCCAGCAUUACCAGCACCAUCAGAGCACGCCUCACCUCUACCGCGAGGAGCGCGAGACCCGCGACCACACCCGGGAGUGGGCAGGCGGCGUCGGCCAUUACUCACACCACUCGCAGGGCCACCACCACCUAUCGUCUCACGGCUCCUCGCAGUCUCUGGCCAUGCUGCCCCCUCCACCGCCGCCGCCUCCCCUCUCACGCACCUCGUCCCCCCCGUCCUCCGCCUCAUCUUCCUCGUCCUCUCAGGGCGGCUACGGGGGCGUGCCACUAGGGGUCAGAGGCGGUGGCAUGAUGGCGCUCAGGAACAGCCCGCAGCCGCUGCGCAGGACGGCUUCGGGAGGUCCGGGGGGCCCCGGGAGUGACGGUGGGCUGAGUCGCAGCACGUCUGUGACCUCCCACAUUUCCAACGGCUCCCACCUGUCGUACUCCUGAACACUGCUGUGUUGCCGCCCUGGAUUUUUGAUUUCCUGUUUUUGUUCUUUUAUCAAAUUUAUCAGUUUAUUUUCAACCUUUAAGAGCCACAUGAGGAGGUUUCUCAGAAUCGUUUUUUCAUUUCAAGCCACCCGGGUGGGCGCCUGCACGGCUAUGUUUUUAACGGCACCUGAACCAUGACCUUAAUGAUGUACAUACAAAGAAUUGUGGUUUUUGGAUCAGGGCUCAACUACCGCCAUCAUGACCUCUGACCUCUGGGAAUCUUCCAAGCUCAUGACUCUCAUGUUCCUUAACUUUAGCUUUUUGUUCUGGUCUGGUCACAUGUCCAGUGAAAUGGAGAUUUGUGAAAGGAGCUGUUUCCAAAAAUGGAAUUCCAAAAACUUUUAGUAAAAAAGCUCAUGUUUGCGAUGUGUACAAAAGAAACAACAAAAGUUAGUGGUUGUUGUUGCCACAGCAACUGCUGUGGGGACGCCGAAAAUGUACAUAGAAGCGCUAACGCUAAUUAGCUGUUUUAGACAUGUUAUUCUGAAGACUACUGCAGCUGCAAUAUUUAUGGUUUUUAUUGUUGACGCCAAUUUUUUACCACUAGGUGGCGAUAAGGAAGGCAACGUUACUGUGAUAAAGCUAUAAAGUAUUUUAAGAAUUUUAUUUCCCAGAGUUUGUGGCUGGGGUUGAUGUUUAUAUUGCAGCCAGUAUUAUUUCCACUUCCCGUGCCAAUAACAUCCCCCAUCCCUCCCCUUUUAAUUUUAUUUUCUAAAGUCUGAAUGAGUCGAAACAUCCGCACAGCGGGUCGUGACCUCUUUCCUCUGUCGUCAUGGCUACCUCAUUUGCACUAAAAGUGAAAGAAUGUUCUGGUGAACGAGUGAAAUCACUUUUAUAAUUUUGUUUUUUUUUUCCAUGUGGUUUUCCUGCGUGUGGGAGGAAGUCAUGUGGGUUUCCCAUCUGUAGGGGGCGCUCAUGUUCCCGCCUGGUUGCAUUUCUGUUGCCAAUUUGAGUUUUGUGUUUGAGUGCGUCACAUUCCUCAGACAGUCGCAGGAUAUAAUGUUGCACAAACUUUUGGAUAUGGUCCGCACGGCAAGGACUCGGAGCAUUGAGGCACGACGGGAGCCGAACUGACACCCACCGGCCACUUUUGUUGUGGAGUCAACAUCAGAAAGUUGUCCUGAUCUUUUUGGGUCAUUCAGUUUCUGAGAGAUAAACUUGUGGCAUCAGCAGUGGAUGAUGUCAGAGGAGGGCGCAGUUGAGUCGAGUCGGGUGCAACCCAGACGUUCAGGUUCAAAGCAAGAUGAAAAAAAUGUACAGAAAUAAUUUUGGAGAAAUUAAAGAAGAAAA